CCAACUUGAUUCCGUUGCGAAAAACUAUCCAGCGACUCUGAAAUUAAAAACAAUCGAAAUCGUUUGUCGCAUUUUCGAACGAUUUCUUGCAUUUUUUCGCAUUUUCCGGGAUUUUCCGUCAUUCCAGCCAAUUUCAAGGACAACGCUUAACCUCGAACCGCCGCCGAAAUGUCGAUGCCAAUCAAUCCGAAGCCCUUCCUCAAUGGUCUCACGGGCAAGCCAGUGGUCAUCAAGCUCAAAUGGGGUCACGAAUACAAAGGAUUUCUCGUUUCCGUCGACGGUUACAUGAAUAUGCAGCUGGCAAACACAGAAGAAUAUGUCGAUGGCGCCGCAACGGGUCAUCUGGGCGAAGUUUUGAUCCGGUGUAACAACGUUCUGUACAUCCGAGGCGUCGAAGACCACGAAGAAGGGGAAAUGCGGGACUAAUUUUAGCUAAAAACGCGGUAGAAAUAAGCAUCAUUCAGUCACGGAUUAUUGUAUCAACUUUAUUUUUCGUCAUUUUUCAUACAAAUUUCAUUCAUUUCGUCAAUAAAAGGUACUGUCACGUUACCGAAUUACGC